UACAUAUAUACAAUAUAAAUUAUUACCCAUGGCUCGAUACGUUGCCCUAAAUCCAAUAUUUUGUUGUUUUCCACUGCCAUCGCUCACUGCGUGAAAGCGGACCCACAUUUGUCUGCCUGGGACGCUGACAUUUGACAUUCGAGACUGCCCACAUAACACUGCAGUUGUCCCUGAACCACGUGGUACUACCCGGUAGUACAAUGGACCGGAACUCACUGCCACUCUGUCUUUUGAAGUGCAUGCAAUACCAAUCUUGUCAUGAAAUUCCAAGUGCACAAAGAAACCUCGAUAAUACAACAAGAAAUUUUAUUAAAUUUAUAAUUAUUUUAUUUUUGUGGAAAUAUAACUAUACCAAUUAUAAAAUCUUGAGUGUCUGUAGCGAAGUAAGGUUUAUUGCGAACUUGUGUGUAUGAUGCUAUGUCCUACUAACUCUGGACGAAGGGCCUUCGCUCCAAUUCAAUUAUCUUCGCUAUUAAUUUCGAUAAAAUUCAUAGGCGUACGAGGCAGGCGGCAGGGGGGGGGAGCGACUGCCCCCCCCCCAAAUUUCGAAAACCAUGGAAAUUCAGGCAAAUGCUAGGAAAAAUCAAGAAAAUUCGGGCAGAUUUUUAAGAAAUUAGGUUAAAUUCAGGUAAUUUUAUUACAACCUCCAUAAAAAUUCUGGCAAACUUUCAACUGCCCCCCCCCCCUGGACAACAUCAGCCCCGUACGCCUAUGAUAAAAUUUGAAUGGUAAAUUUUGUCUAUGCAUUUUAGGUGAUAGCAAUGUUUUCUUCACAGUUAUGUUUCCAUGUAUUUCAUCGAUUUUAACGACAUUACGAUUGCUGUGAGUACAUUUUUAUAUUUUUAUACGACUUUUUAAUAGAAACUACUGCAAAAUUUCAGGAAGGCAUAUUGUUUACAAUUUGAAAGCACAAGUUUUUGCACUAUAAGUCUUGUUUCUUCCCCUAUAAUCAUGAAAAUUUUGCUUGAUAUUAUCACUAUUAUACAUGCUGUAUAUUUUUUGAAAAACUUUCCUCGGUUGCAUGUUUGCAAAAAGUAAACAAAAAGCCGCAGGCGAAACAUGUGAAAGUUGAACGAAAUAAUUUAAACGCUCAUGCAUGCUUUCAAAUUUUGUUUAAAUAUUUUCAAUUGUGCUUGUAGUUUUUAGCUUGAGUAUAGGAGUGUAUAAAAAUACUUUUCACACAUACGAGGUAAUAAGGAUAUUUCUACAACCUCGUGGUACUUUAAUACGCCACCAACAUAUUUGACUUCUGCGAUAAGGAUGUGGAUAGCCAGGAGUUUCAAUUGUACCAAGUUUACUACCAGUCAAUCUGAUCUGACGUCGCGGACAUUUUCCUAUCAAGAUUUGUCACAAUUACUACUAUCUACAGUAGAUGUUUCUGAUUAAUAGUAAUACAUAGCAUUAGAUUGUAGUAUUGUAAUUGUGACAAGGUCAAAGAGGCAUGAUCUGACCCCAGCAUUGUAUUCCAGCAUUGUAUUAUAAUUUUGGAUGCCUCUUUGAUAAGCAAUUACAAAAACUUUUUAUAGUGCUUACGUCAAAGACUCUAACUGGUGCCAGAGUUCAUGACAUAAAGGCUAAUUUCCACUCAGGAAAAUUAUCCGUGGAUUGGAACGGACAAGAAAAUUUUUCUUUGUGUUAAAGUCAUUAGUUCAAACCACUCAAAAGACAAAGAAAAAUUUUCUUGUCCGUUCCAAUCCACGGAUAAUUUUCCUGAGUGGAAAUUAGCAUUAAGAAGAUGAUAUUUUCACAAUCAGAAACCAAGAAUGACGUGAUCACUGUUUGCGGGGAUCGUCUUCGUUUUAUACUGAUUUCGAUCGAUGCAAAAGUAUAAUUCUUGAAACAACAGUAAUGAAAGCUCAUCAUUAGAGGAAAUUAGGAGACAAAACUUUUAAAUUAUAUGCAGCACAUCACUAUAUUAAACGCGCAACUCUAACGUGGUUAAUCCUUAGAGCCCAAACUCUGCAACAUUACAAACACACAUUUGAUACGUGAUGUUUAUGGAACCCACUGAGCGUGCGUAGGAGUAUCUCUGACUUAAACACAAGCCUACCAUUAUAUUCUAAUUAGUCAUUAAAAACUCGUGCAAGUUAAUGAUAAAACAUUGAAAAUCAUUAAAGCGGGACUUGAAUAUAUUUGCUUUGUAUACUAACCCCGUUUAGGCUUCUUAGUUUCACUUGAAAAACUUCCACCAAGAAACAAUGUUAAAAACCUGUAAGAAUAAUUGCAAGCAAAAGACCUAUAUGCAGACAAUUCUAAUAAAAUAUAAUUUAUUAAUAAAUAGAAAGAUAUACAAGUAUAUAUUAUAGACAUUGGUCCAUACAAUAUUUGAACGAAAUAGAGUAUAGGACAAGUGCUGUAAUUUCCCAAUUUUGAUCUAUUCUAUUCUAAGGAAUUUUGCAUAGGUAUACAAAUUGUUCAGAUAUCAGGUUUCUCAAGUCUGUCAAUGAAAUAGAAGUAUUCUAAUAUAUUCGUGUCAGAGUCUCAAGUACUGCCUAUCUCAAGCAUUGUAUAGAACGUGAAUUUUAUUUGAUCAUUUAUGUUCUCAUUUUAUUCCCUUAGUAAAUUUCAUAUAUCGUAGUUAAUAAUAGUGCGAUGACUCCUGAGCUCUGAAGGGGAUUUUUUAUUCGCGUCACUGUCAAACUCAAGUAAUUUGCUGAAUACGUAAAGCAAUAACACUCAAUCAUUGACAUGGUAUCAUUUAUUUGAAACUGAUGAUUUGAUUUACAGCAUGUUAUUUCCUUGGUAAAGUUUUCUUCAUAUACAGUUUCAAGUUGAGAGGUUACGGCUCAAGAGAAUUGUCAUAUCACGUAGUUGUCAAUGUAGUGAAUUGUAUAUAUGAUAUUUAAAAUAUAUUAUAAAGAUUAAGAAGAAUAUUGUGAUCUAGUGAACGCUUGGGCACUUGUAUUGGAAGGAUAUAAACUUUAUAGACAUUGAAUGUGUGUAAAGGAAGUGAAUGGUGAUAUAUUCAAGUGUUCUCGCAUUUCUCGGUAUACAUGAAAUAACAGUGUAUCUGAUUGAUAAUUGAGAUGAAUAUAUAGUAAAUACUCGCAAUAUUAGGCAAUCACUAAAAGUAGUUCUAUCAUACUUACAUAAAAGUGAUGAGAAAUGAUUGUUUGACGAGCAUUCUCGGCAUGGUCGUGUUGAGAAUGUAGUGUUGAUGAUGAGGGUGUCGGAUAUACUUUGACAUCAUCAACUAGUCAUACUUAAUGACUUUGAUAUUAGACACCGUAUUCUGAGCACUUGGCAUACUUCGCUGCAGUAUGUCUUUGCCAUGAUAUUGAUAUUUAUUUCUCCUCUCUAUAGAAUUUGACUAUAGGGUUUAGUAAAAUGUCCAAUACAGUAUAGUUUACAUAAUUCUUAAAUUUUUGGACGCCCUCAAUUACACAAUUUAUCAUGUACUGGCAUAAUUAAUAAUCUGUAUAUCUUAAUACUGGCCCUUUGUGAUCAUUGUUUGCAAUUUAAUGCACCGUAUUUCCUCUAUUUACCCCCCUCAUGGGCAAGAUACAAAUGGGAAUCAUGCAAAGGCAAACUAGAAAUCACUGAAAUUACUGCAGGAUCUUUCUCGUCCUCUCAGCAACUCUUCUGAACCGAGGUGGUAGUGAUGAAAUUGAGGCAUUCUUGCGUGUCACCCCGGGUCAACUUUUGGCGAUAAAAUAACCGGGAAAAAGGUUGAAAUAACAUGCAGGGAAAUUAAGCAGGCGAUAGGUUAAACGUUUAACCAGUACUAAUUAUUUUUAAGCAGAGUGCAGUUUAGAAGAACAGCUAAUGCAUGAUACGGAUGAGAUCAUGCUUAUGAAACGGAGUGUAUGCUUGUUUUGGGAAUGAUACGUAAAUCAUGAUGGAAUGUACGACAAAUUCCGUAAUUGUAUAUCAUGCUUCGUGUGGACAUCGAGUGAAAUUCGCCUUUCUCAUGCCGCCAUUUUUGGGGUACUUUUUUGCCAAUCCUGCGAGCGCAACACCACGUACGUAACGGCGACAUUUUUUAAUUUUGUGGGUGUAUGAUCGUAAAUUUACUCUGUAAAUAGUUAGUUUGUUCUGAAAUAUUGCUUUCCACAUUGUUAUAAUCGUUUACGAAAAAUUACAGUACCCCAAAAAUGGCGGCGUGAGAAAGGCUAAUUAAUCGAAAAUAUAACACAACAUCCUAAAUUAUGAAUCCAAGUUUGUUCAUCUGCGUGUGGCUGGCUUGUAAAUCACAACAUGUGGCAGAAAGCCAGUUAUACAUUAAUACCAACAGUUCAUGUAUCAGUUUUGUGUGUAGCCUGCGUAGCAGUCGCUUUCUUAAUUUUAUUUGACUAAUUUGAGGAUAUUUUAAUCUUAUUUGAGGAUAUUUUAAGAUAUGAAUGCGAAAAAAAAGCGGAGAAAAAAGGGGAGAAAAAAAGGGCGAAGGGGAAAACGGCGAAGGGGAAAAAGUGCGAAGGAAAAAUAAAGCUUUAGUUUUCCUUCGCCCUUUUCCCCUUCGCCCGUUUUGUUCUCCGCUUUUUUUUCGCAUUAAAAUAUCCUCAAAUAUAAUUUAAAAAAUAAAGCGACUGCUACCCAGGCUAUUUUGUGUGUGAAAGUUUUAGCCGAAUAUUUAACUUGAUGAUACAUUACUGCGUAUAGCUAUCAGACCUAGAGAAGACAUGGAAAAUGAGAAAUAUACUGAAAAACAUUGACGAGAUUAUCCAAACACGAAUUAACUUCCUUCACUAUUUUUGAAGAGGUUGCCUUGUUCCACUGAAACAUUUUCUAUUCAAGGAUUAAGAAUACGAGUGCAGAUGUUUGAAAUUUGGCCAAAAUUAUAGGAGCCAUCGCGGCGAGUGCAAUUUGCCAAAAUGUUCAAACUAGUAUUGUUACUACGAGCAACAUCACAUGAUUACUUGUUUAUCAGUAUUUGCAUGGAAUUUCAGAAUCUGGGUUAUACCAAUCAACGACCAUCGUACAACCGGCCCCUUUGUAGUGCUGCUUGUGAUAAAUCACCAUGCGGCCUUCGUACAACCGGCCCCUUUGUACUGCUGUAAUAAUAAAUAAAUAAAUAAUAAUGAUGGUUUUAUUACAGCAUUUCCACCAAGGUAACUCUUCAUCUGUAAACAAUAAAUUAAUUCAACUAAUCAUAUUUAAACUAUAUUUAAAACUGGCAAAGGAACUAAUUUGAUGUUUGAUCCUGUGUGUACAUUAUAUUAAAAUAGCUGAGAUUACUAUAACUAAGAAUGAAAUCUAAUGUCUCUAAUGGUAGCCUUCUCCUUUAAAUGUUUCGGUAAUAGACUUUUAUCUGUAAAUAAGAAUGUUGUCUAACUUUGUUGAAGACCUUAGCGAUCUUCAUAUCUGGUUUACGGCCAAUUAGUAAAAUACAUGGCUUCAAUAAGAGCAGUGAGAAGUAGAUGACUAGUAUAUUAAUUAAGUUUGUUCGCAUAGCGGCCAAGUACAAAGCUGGCAGUGGCUAACCGUGUGCGAUGAAGUCAUAUCAACUGAAUAGCUGACUAAAUAAGGAGUUGUGACUUGUAGUUGUGACAUCAGUGAUGCCAUAUAGGAAAAAAUAUUGCACGAUUGACGUCAAUGGAUGCAAUAUAACAAAAUAUUAUUACAUGCUGUGACGUUAAUCCAUUAUAACAAAAAUAAAACUGCUUCUCCAUUGGAUGGAAUUUCACGAAAGCAAAAUUUAAAGAAAAAUAAAGACUUAAAGCGAAGAAAGGCUCUGAGAUAUCUUUUGACAAAUAUUUGAAGGAACAGGAAUUUUCUGCAAAUGACAAAAUGAGUCGUUAUUAUUUGGAUAGCCUGCGAACAGGCUCUUUGAAUUGACUUUUAAUUACGUCUUCUGAGUUUAACUUUCCAAUAAUAAAAUGAAUAAUUGAAUUUGUCGGUUUUCAUGUGAUAUAUGAAGAAUUAUCAACGCCUCUGAUUGUGUUAUCUGCGUCCGCUUUCAUCUGCGUUAUUAUUUUCGAACAUGCAAAGGGCGCAAAUAUUAAAAGUUCUAUGAGGGGGGCAGAAGCGAGAAUUUGUUAUUACUAACUGAUAAUUGCCUUUCAACUGACAUAAUAAAUUUGUUAUAUAUGAUGUAAUUAAUUUUCCAGAGAGAUUUUAAUGAUGGAUGCUUCAAUUUUUUGACAUGUAGAUAAAUGAGAAACCACAACGUGAUGCCUUGGUUUACUAGGCAAGGUGUGGACUACGCAAGGUGUUGUGGACCGCAGAAGUUUAAUUCAUUGCUUGGAGUGUCAUUUGAAUGCUUACUGAGGUACGUUCAGUACGUUUCAUACUUCAUAUUAAGUUAAUUGAAAUUUUUAUACUGAAUUGAUAUCAAUGUCUUUACUAACACUUUGACGAACGGCCGUUUUCGGAACGUCCAAAUUUUCUCGCGGAACAUUUGAAUUUAUGGUCAGAAUACGGGUUUUUUUGCAUGAUAUUUUUGUUGCCCAAGGUGCGAUAAAUCAAGGUUGUUAGUUGUAUCUCACUGGUACUGCACUAAAUGCCGAUUAUCGUCACGUACUUGAGCUUGUAGAAGACUCAAGAGUCAAGGUGUAACUGUGUACUUUGGCUUCAACAGAAAGUACAUAUAAAGUACAGGCUUCUAUUCAUUCAGUAGCAGUGGAGUUAGAACAAGGAGCGACAAUUGCAUAUACAAACAAUUUACUCCAACAUUCUUCAGUCCCGUCUUACCCAAUCACUGGCCAUGAAUCAUGUUUCGUGCCAUGUCCGACUAGAUGUCGGAUUUAGAUAUACAGCUAAUACUUGAAUACGGUUUUGAAUACUUUGUGCUUGAAAAGGUCACAUGCUUCCAGUAAGAGUUAAGUACGCAGGAAGCGAGAAUACCGUGUAUCUGUGUGUAAUAUUGGCGUACUUCUCGUACGUAAAUGCGUGUGUUACCGCAUCCUGACUUUCAAUUGAUCAAAUGGUUUGACCUAAGUAAAUGGUGUUUAACUGGUUUGCCCGUUUCUGCACAUUUAAACUAUGUCAGCGGACAUCUUGGCUAGACAGAAGAUUAGUUUUAAUCUUUUGUUAAGAACAUGCAAACAGAUCUUUUUAGAUAAAAAAAGAACCACAUUAUAUCUAAACAUUUCUGUGUUUAUCGUCACUGUACAUUAAUUAAGAGUAGUUAUUUUAAUUAAUUUUUCACGACAACAUCAACACUCCUGUUCUGUGGUGACGGCAUCUAUAUCUGUAGCGGUGCAAAAACUCAUUCAACAAUCGAACUUUAAUUUUUUUGUCCAAUAUAAAAUGCUAGUAAAUGAUUUGGAAAAUGCUCAAAAUUUAGUUGAAUGAUUGAGAGAACACAGAGGAUCCACAUUGAUUGACAUGUCUUGUUUUAACAAAUGUUAACAAUUAACGUUAUUUAGUUGUUCAUUUUCCGCCUGUUGAAAGAUUCAUCCCGCCAGCACUGACCUUCACACUACCCUGGGAACGAGGUUGCACACUAUGUUAUAAUGUAUUACACAUUGUAUUAUAAUAUUUCUAAUGUUAUUUGUAAAUAUUAUUCAUAUCAUCUUUUAUAGGGGAAGUGCCACCUUGUGGAUCUUAUUGAAUAAAUUAUUAAAUUAGAGGUGUCAAUUUCUUUCAAAAUGUGAUUUUUCAUAUCUUGACUGAAUAAAUGGUAUGGCACGUUUAAUAGCAGCUGAAAAAGAGCGGAAAUAUGUCGAGAACCUAUGAAUGUUUCUUCGUUUUUGCCAUUUAUGUCGUCCAUAUAGUAUUAGGCGAUAAAAAUACACUAAUUAGCGCCUAGGUAGCCAGAACUGAAAGACAGAUAACUUGAUGUCAUUCUAUCAUCGUUUAAACUAGCAAUUUUUCCUGCGAUGUGAUCUAGACAACUGAAGACAAUUGAAUGCUUUCGUGGCUGAAUGCGCUCAAAAAAUAACAAUUCAAGUGCACCCGGCUUGCGGCAUAUUUUCCUACCAUGUUUUAAUAAUAAGAUAUUCUAUGUUUGCGAUGUUACUCUGAGUGCAUAUCCACACCGGGCGAGCUUGAAAAAUAUGCCCGGCCACGGUGGGAUUCGAACCUACGACCUUUGAAAUACUAGCCCAAUGCUCUUCCAACUGAGCUACGCGGUCAGGACGGUUCGUUGAACUAGAACACAUUGGUAUUGAAGGAACUAGAUACUGUUCCGAAAUAUCACUUACACGAACCGUCCUGACCGCGUAGCUCAGUUGGAAGAGCAUUGGGCUAGUAUUCCAAAGGUCGUAGGUUCGAAUCCCACCGUGGCCGGGCAUAUUUUUCAAGCUCGCCCGGUGUGGAUAUGCACUCAGAGUAACAUCGCAAACAUAUUAUUCACCUGAGUACACAACACCAACACAGAAAAAAAAUAAGAUAUUCGUUGUAAAACUCGGUAAAUACGGUCAUUUCUGCCAGCACUGGCUGGAUUAGAUGAACAAAAGUAUUAGACAGUUCUACUAUUGAUAUUAUGUCUUGAUAUGUUUGAUUUGUGGGACCACGUGCAUGUUAACGUACCUUAUAACUUAUAAGAUAUUCAUUUAGCGAUUUCUCGCGUGCUGAAGCGUUAAUGGUUAAAUUGGAUCAAAAGUAGGCUUCCACGCAUGAUCCAAUAGUUUGCAGAAAUCCUGCGUGAGACCCUGUGUCUUGUUAAUGCGCAACAUCGUCUUUAUGGUGAAUCUGGUUUACUCUGUCAUAGUUACUGUGGUGACAUUUUGGAAAAAAAUUGUGUAUUUGAACUUAGGUUUUUUAUUCUCUAAAAUCGGUCCAGUCAGACGUUAACGAUUAAUUGGUGGACCUCGUUAAUUACACUUCAACCAAGCAUGCAUUGGGCGGAGAUACCUAAGCUACGAAAGCGAUUUAAAAAAAAGCCCUGAUAAGAUUACGUAUGCUUAGACUUUUCACAAUGAACUGUUUCUAUCCACGCCGCCAACACACUUUAACGAAUUACCCUUUACCGAAAGGAAAUCUUAAUAGGUUUAACUGCAUAAUCUUUAUUUUCUUCGAUCCCUGCUUAAUACAACACACGUUGGUACUCCAUUAAAACUAUAUUUUUCUUUGGGAUUAUAUUUCUAUACAUUUAAAUUUUUUUUUAUUAUUGGUUCCGCCCAUAUAACUCAUGUAUAUUUACAAGAGUAGUAAUUUACAUAAAAAAUAUUAUAAACGAAGCAAGGCCAUGAGGUCUACUGGAAACCAAAAAGGUUUUUGAAUUAAGACCAUUAAUUAUAAGUAGUAAGAAAUAUUUACGGUCAAAUAUUCUAUGUAUAUCUCGAAAAUUAUUCCACGAAAUAGUUUUGUUAUCAAUGUUGAGAUUUAUAAUAAAAAAAAACUGAAUGAUAUUGAUAGAUUGAACUUUGUUUCAUGAAAUGUUAAUCAUUGCAUGCAGUGGAGUUUUCGACUUAUCUUAAUGAACGUAAUCCCUGAAAUACUCGUAAAUAGUUCUAUAUCUGUGUAUAAGAGAUGUGUUCUUUCUUAAUUUUCGUCCGCCCCUCUAAUCCGCCCGUACGCCUAUAUGUAUAGGAUCGGUCCACGGUAAUGAAGAUUUUGUCCAACUUGAAAGCUCCAUCGUCUCUUACUGUUAAUUAAAAUUAUCCAAUCUUUCCGUGGCGGCCAUGCUAUUAGACGAAAUAUAUCAAAACGAACUUCCUGUGGUUUAAUAGCCAAGACACAAUCCAGUUAAAAGUUUAUAAAUCUUAGUCAGUUCCCAACCUACGGCUACGGGUCGCCAGCAACAUACAUGAACAUGUUUUGUCAGUGAUUGAUUACAUGAAGCAUGACACGAAACACAGCGUUCAUUUGAUUUUAUAGGUUGGUUUAUUACCCACAUGCGAGCCAAACAUGGAACACCCACGGAAACAAUUUUCUAUUCAAACUUGAUACUUUCCUGCCCUUUCUUGUAAUUAUUUCUUGCACAGCUUAUUAAUGGUCUACUUCCUCGUUGAAUAGCACUUAAACAGUAGUUAUAUUUAGUGUAAACCUACUCCAAACAGUAGUUAUAUUUAGUGCAAAUAACGGUAAAUUGACUCUUGAUCACGUUCGAAAAUUGGAACUUUAAUCUAGAACUUUUUCAUGAAAUGCAACAUUCUCAUUCAUUUCUCAGAAAAAUGUUGAGCCAUCAACCUUUCAGAUGUGAACGUUUUUAAAUUGUCGAAUCAAGACAUGUUGUUGAUCGUAAGAACGAAUCCAUGGUCAGACAUGGACAGAUCAUUAUCAACCUGAAAUAUUCAAUUCACAUCAUGUGAGAACACCUCCUGAAGUAAGUUCUUGCUGGACCUUUAGGGGGAGCAGUUUAGAACUGAUUCCAAGCAUGAGCACAGGUACUUUACUGAUAGCCGUAGGGCGGGAACAAUUAGGGGAAUGGACAAAAAUUUGUCCCAUGUUGAUGGAAAUUGCCCGACAUUAUCAUGAGUUUAUUGAUAGAUGACUAGACUGGAUCUCUAUAAAGAACAGUCCAGAAUAGAUGGUUUUUUAAACCUCGGGGUUACUAGUACAUGCUCCCAUGACAGUUGAGGCAACAGCUGAGGCGUAUCCGAGGUCAAACAUGCUCCCACGAUAGUUGUGUCGUAUUUUGUCGGUAACCAUAGAGAUUAUUAGUAGUCGUCUAGUUUGGACUUAUUUAAAGAUCGAAAUAAAGAGAUGUUAAGAUAAGUCGAAAAGAAAAUGAUCCUAUACUUAGACCUGCAUAUUAAUUAAUUGCUUGCCAGUCAAUUUACGAAAUUCUGUUCUAAUUUGCAUCUCAAGGUGACCGUAGUUAUAAUAUGCGUCUCAAGGUGACUGUUAUGAAACAUCAGGCCAAAACAAUUAUGUUAUAAGGUAGUGAAGAAAUUAAGGUUGCAACGUUAUGUUGAAACUGCGAUGUUAUUGGUUUGGCCUAAGAAAGAAUAUAUAAAGUGGCAAUGGCAAAUCUUAUCUUAAACGCGCAGCUGUCUUUCGAGAUGUAUUUUAUUCCAGGGGGCAUUCUCUGACGUAGCGAGGUCAAUUUCUAUAAACCAAUGACACGGCCAUUUUAGAUUGGUCUAUUGUUUAAGUUUUGUAUAAAGCAGCAUGUACAUGCACGACACCCACACUUUCUAAUAGACGUUAUAACCUUGAAUGCGGUUGACAAUUAAAUAUUCAGUCAGAGUUUCUUCACUCUUCGAGUAUAAUUUGAAACUUUGCCACAUUUAUAAAUCUUGUAUUUUUAGAAGAUAACCCGAGUCCAGUCAAAGUUGCUACCACUUCAGGAAAACAGCAGAACUGCGUAAGUUUUAGACUAUUGUUAUAUUUAAACAAUUAUUCGACCAUAAAACACUAUUCUCAUUGUACAUAACUUUAAACGUACGUUGUAUUAGUCUCAUAUCAGUUACAAAGACAGGGGUGUCUUACGUAGUGACAACAUAUCUAUAGGGUUGGAAGAAGUCUUUCAACUUGAAGAUAAACUUAAAGUUACUGUUUGAAAAAGGAUUAAAAACAUUUCGAAGUUUCGCCGACAUCUUCGUCACGACCAUAGUCUAUAGUGGCUAUAUAUAACCUCUAAACCAAGAGCCAAACGUCCAAGUAAUAUUUUUAUCUUUUUCAGCACAGGCAUGCGUAGAAUAGUGUCUAUACUGGACCCCCACGUUUGAAAUAACCUGCUAGUACUAAUACUGAAGAUGUAAUAUUUGUUUAGUCGCUAGAUUAUAUAUAUGUGUACGUUAUAACAAGAUAACACCUCUUUAUAGUCUGCAUGGCCAUAGGCAAUUUAUUUUCCAAUCCCAACGCCAAGCUCAAUUUAAAAACUCAAUUUAAAAACCUCGUUGGGGGAUGUCGUGCUUAAUACCGGUGUCGUUUAAUAAAGUUUGGACGCUCUUAGACAUUGUAUAAUAGGAUCAAGUGUUACUCAGUUUAUCAAAGAGAUAAUAGGGAUAUCCGUCAUUGAGUGGAAUACCACCAUAUUCGAACUUAUCACACCGGCAGUAUUUUACUGCCGUGGUUCUAAAAUACCUGGAAAAAAGUCAAAAACUGUUCCAUGUUUUAAAGUCUUCGUGUCAUAAUUUUGAAAUUAUUGAAAUAUUUUGCAAGAAUGAAAUAUUUUCCCAUCCACAAUAGUUAAAUUUUAUUUUUAUUCGGAGGUGUAUGUCAUUGAGUAGUGCUUGAGAUAAUUUUAAAACAACAAUAAUUCUUUAUAUAGAUUAACCUUGGUAAUCUAAGGCUUGUUCUAAGGAGUAUAUAAGCAGUCUUUGUUCACUUAAUUAUAAUGUCCAAGUAGUUUUAAGUAUACGUUUUUAAUACCGGAUAUUGCUAAUUGGUUUGAUAAACGCAAGAAAUGAUUCAUUAUAGACGCAUAAAUAUUUGAAACUUGUGAGAUUUAUUACUUUGUGGAUAUUGGGUGUUAAUCAACUGCUGCAUUUCUGAUGGUAGCAGUGGAGUUGGUGUUCCACCAUACUGGCAUUCCCUCUGUCGCAUUUGAAGAGAAUGUUUCCUUCUAUCAAACCCCACAGAAUUCUCACGCUACUCUGAUUUACGCCUGUAAUUACACUGAGACAAUAAGAGAAUGAUGGUACUUUACUAGACCUCUAGACUAGGGAGAGCAAUCGAGAACUAUCCAGUACAAAUAGAGUUAGUUUAGGUUUCCUCCUGUAGUAACACUGGUUCAAUAAGAGAUGGCACCUUACCAGCUCCUCCGGGUUCGGUCUAAAAAUGUACUUCAAGUUUUGGUUUUCUCCUGUACUCUGUACUCUGUAGUAGCACUGGACAAAUACGUGUUGCCCUUUACUGGACCUCCAUUCAGUGGAAAUAAAGUUAGGUAACAGAGAUACUGACAACUUUACCAAAAUUAUAAAAGUGAAGAUAUUGGAGUAACGUAGGUGUUACCAUGAAGAUAUUCUUCCAUUCUCUGCGAUUAACCAACACGUGACUAGACUUUGCUUGGUUUCGUUUUGUUACAACAUUUCAUAAAAAACUCUCAAUUCAUCAGUCAUAGUUAAUGAGAUUAUUUGAAAAUUGAAAUGCAAAACUUGCAAGGCCUCACAAAAUUUUCUCAUGCUUGUCUUAAAAUCAAUAUUUGUUUAUUUCUCAAUGUGUAUAAUUUACUUAAACCUAUCAUCGACCCCGAGUGUCAAUUGAAUUAACCUGACGUUCUUUUGAAGACUGCCGCCUAUUGAAGUGUGUCUAAUUAUUAUAAACACAUCUUGUAUGGAAUAAUGCUUGCUUUGCGGAAAUGAUUCGCAGAUUGCUCCUCUUUAUUUUCAUGUCAUUGAUUCACAGUUUGCCAUUAAUUGACAAUCGUCUGCAUUCCCACUUCUCUAGAUCUUCACUUGAAACAAGGAAUGGCGAUGCUCAUAUUUCUUCUUGCUGUCAUGUUGCACUGUGUUGUCGCAGAUAGAUGGAUGUAAGUCUAGCAACUAUUUUAUUUUGUAUUUCAAUUGAAGUAUGCGACGGUUGCGAUCGACCAUAAAUUACAGUUGUCGAGAACUGCCUCGUUCGAUUCUUUAAUCCCGUUGUCCAAGACAGCUUCAAUUCGUGAACUGGACUAUCAAAAGGGAUUUUUUAAACGAGGCAGUUCUAUACAGCGCUAAGCCGCUAACUUAUAGGGCUCAUUUAUUGAUCCGUAUUUUAUUUGUAUUUAUGAAAAUGCUCGUAGAAAGCUUCGGUUACCAGCUUGGAGGUUUAGUUUGCACUCAAAACCUCAAAAUGAACUUCUACAAGCUCUGACGACAAACGAACAAAUAUAGACAACUGACGGCCUCAGUCCCACGUGCGUUAAACUGCUUAUCCCAAACGUGAAGUUUCAAUUUCAGAUUUUUCUCGAGAUUUGAAGAAAGGGCGGCAUUUUCUUUCCGUUUAGUUGUUUUGUGUAAGACUAACAGUAAUAGACCGGCUGGGAUCUUUUGGUACAAAUCUCUAUUUGCUUAAUACUCUUAACCUGUAAUUAGAAAUAGUGUCCUUCUUUGCGUUGAGUUUCAACGUGCACACUUUGCCACACAAGAUGCGUUAGCGAUGCUAACGUUCAUAGACCCUGGUCGAUUCGACGUACAAGCGUCAAAACAGCUUUAAAUCAGUAUUAAGUUCUGGCAUUGGGAGUCUAGUUGCAUACAAGUAUAGCAAAAUCAAUUGAAGCACGUACACAGUUUUCGCAUUAUAAUCCGGCUGUUCUAGAGAUGUAACUACUGGAGAAACCUAACAAAGUUUUAUCAACCGAAGUUUUGUUAGUAUUGACACUACUGGCGCGUUCAUAGUGUUUCUCGGCCUGAUCCUACACAGUAAAGGGGAAAUUUAUGUAUUGCAGUGAAAAGUCUGAACAUUUUUUGAUGAUCGUUAUGUCGGUAACUUUAAUCGUUUUCCGGGAUUUCCAGAUAGAUUCAUUACCAUUGUUGGUAUAACUCUGGAUUAGCGGUGUCUUGGAGAGGUUUACUUGCUCUUUUGAAGAAGCGACUUUUGCCGCGUGGUUUAUCUGUUUAGAAACUUGGCAAAAGGGUAGUCAUGGAUGAUCAACUGACACUAUCGUUCACAAGCAAUCUUUUUUCUUUCCCAUAUUUAUCCCACCCAAUUUGUCCUCUAGUAACCUUCAUGAUCUUAGGGUUAAUAAUUUUAGCAAUGUUUUCAAUGACAUUUAAUUGCCUCUUGAUUGCGAUAAACGAUUGAAGUCCAGAGUGAAAUAUUUGUAAUGCCGCAAUGUCACCUUGAAGUCCGAAAUCCGGCCAUUUAUAAACUAUGAUGAUAUGUGCAUUUUCAUACGCACAUACACGCACGAAAAAGUUAAAAUCUUUCAGGCUAAAUUUUAUAGAAGUACUGAUUGCCUCAACAAACAGAUUUUCAAUCACACACAAAUCCUGUCUUUUUAUUCAUUUAGUAUAUAAGUCAUAAGUAACAUUUGAGUAGACUUAAGCUUUUUCGUGCGGUGACCUAUGUGAAAAGCGCUUAACUGGAAUGCAGAUUUGGCUUGGAUUUGUGCAUUUCACCCUAUGUUAUCCUUUUUAAUACCUUAUUGGAUCAAAUUAACUGUUAGAUUUUUGCCGAAGCAUUUGCUUAAAUUCAUUUGUCUUCCGGUCAUGUUGAAAAGCCUGUUGUACUCAGAUACAAAACCAUCAAUGCAUUUAAGACAAAAGUCCUCAUCAAAUAGAUUUUUCAUAUUUUUAUAUUGCGCGAUAAUAUUGAGUGAAAAUAAUUUCUUUCAUUCUUUGCAAUGAAGUAAUGAACUUGUGUCAUUUUAAUAGCUAUGAUAAUCUUCGCCAUAGGUCAAUUGCGGCUGUAAGUGGUUCCACAUUUAAAAAUGAAAACAUGUGCCAUAACUUGAAAGGAUUGAACAGAAAACAAGUCCGUGUAUGUAAAAGAAACGUUGAACUCAUGACUAGCGUGAAGGAAGGAGCGGAAAUGGCGAUCCGGGAAUGUCAACAUCAAUUCAAAUAUCGUAAAUGGAAUUGCACCACCAUUAAUAAGAAGAACGAACCUGUGUUUGGAAAUGCUUUAAAUAAAGGUAAGACUCGAGUUUCACUUUCGAUUUCCUCACGAAGUGUUUUCAGUCGAUUUCAAGUAUUAUCAGCCUGUUACCCAGGCGCUUUGAUGUUGCGUGACGCGCGUGCGGGAGGACACGCGUGGUGAGCUACACACCUCAAUUCCCGCGCGUGCGUCACGCAACAUCAAAGCGCCUGGGACGAGCUGUGAUUUUAUUUCAUUCAUGAAUGUUACAAGCGAGUCCAGCGUGUCCAGUAGAAUUAAAAAGUAUUUUCAAUUUCCAUUUGAGCUGCGAACAGUCUCGGUGAAAACUUAUAUUUUGCUUGGAAGCUAUUGUUGCGUGCUUUAAAGGGAUUGAGGUCUUCAAUACAGUAAGUUUUCUUCUGAAGCAAUUAAUAUUCAGUUUAGUCAUUUAAUGAUUGUCUCUUUCCUAAACCAGGGACAAGGGAAGCAGCGUUUGUCUACGCCAUUGCAGCAGCAUCUGUCUCGUACUCUGUCACCAAAGACUGUACAUCCGGGGAACUUAAUAGUUGUUCAUGUGACCGUUCACUUAAGAUAAAAGAUAGAAAGAAAACAAACGAAAACUGGCGUUGGGCAGGUUGCAGUGAUAAUAUACAUUUUGGAAAUAGUUUUUCGAAAAGUUUUCUUGAUGCGAGAGUUCGUGAGAGGCAACAUUUCAGUUCUAGAUCUAGAAUUCUCAUGAAUCUGCACAAUAACGAAGCUGGACGCAGGGUUGGUAUUUGUAAUUUAUGAAAUGUAAUAUUCUGGUAUAUAGUAAAAUGACUGAUAUUUUAUACGCCUUUAGAUUUUACUGAACAAUAUGGUGAAGACAUGUAAAUGUCACGGUGUGUGUGGUACUUGCGCUCUUAAAACUUGUUGGAGACGUCUACCACCCAUCAGACAUGUGGGUGAUAAAUUAAAAGAUAAAUUUGAUGGUGCAAGUUUGGUGAAAGAGGCCAACACAGGAGGAAGACGCAUCUUAGUUCCAAAAUAUGAAAAGCUAAAACCACCAACGAUAUCCGAUUUGGUUUAUCUUGAUUCUUCUCCAAACUUCUGUGCUCCUAAUAAAUCCACGGGCUCUCUUGGUACCUCGGGCCGAGUCUGCGAACCAGGUUCUCGCGCUAUAGACGGAUGUGAUUUGUUGUGUUGUGGACGAGGAUACACGACCCAAAAUGUGGUUGUUGAAGAGAAAUGUGAAUGUAAAUUCAACUGGUGUUGUUUUGUACGUUGUCAGACUUGUAGACGCAACAAUACAGUGCAUACAUGCCGAUAACGUCAUCCACUAUCUGAUGUAAAGUAUUUUAUAGCUGACAUAUCAAAUAUUUAUUUUUAUGGGAUAUAACAUUUGUAUUAUAAGAUGUUUACCACGAGGGUUUAUCGUUUUUAGUGCGCAUUUUUUAUUGCACAAUCGGCUACGAGAAUUAAGAUCUAUACAUUUGAAAUAAGCCAACGUCCGAGAAUAUAAGGGACCGGUCAUUAUUUAUGGUGGGGGGUGGCACCGAAGAGAAAUGUUUUUCGUGGCAAAAAUUUUGCUUACCCAACCAUUAAAAAAUCAAAAAUUUGAUUACCCAACCUCAAGUAUCAUUUAAAAAAUAAAUACCCACCCCUGGCCAAAAACGUUACAAAAGGAUGUCAUUCAGUUGUCACACAUGACAGUCUACCACUUCUGUGAUACGUUUGAUAACGUUCGGCUUGUGAAUGUUUGAUAGUUUGAUAACGUUCGGCUUGUGAAAUUUACUGACUUUUCUGCAGUCUAAAGUUUCAUGUUGUCUGCACAUUUACUUUCUUUGGAGACACCAUUUGUCUCCCAACAAAUCGGAAAAUGAUGAAGAUAUAGAUUGAUUCACAUAUUGUAUUGACAUAUGACUGUUGACUUUGAAGUUUUCAGUCUUCAAUAUUUGAGUGAGUCAUGCUUUGGAAUUGACAAUAUAUUUUUAUUACCCAAUCUUUGAGUUGUUUCGUUUUUGAUUUACCCAACCUUUUACUCACUCAAAAUUUUGUUUACCCAACACUUUUCUCUUCGGUGCCACCCCCGCCAUAAAUAAUGACCGGUCCCUAAAGUUUCUUCUAUUACUUGUUUUGGUAAAAUUAAUAACUAUGGUUUAAACAAAUUAAAUCUAAUUUAUUUUCAUUUGAUGUUACAUUACUGCAUAUGCAUGUAGCCAUGUUUCAAACUACGAGUGGCCUAUACAAAGGCAGUUGGGGAAUAAAGGAAUACCGAAUGGUUUUCCGUGCAGGAUUACGUGAUCCAUGCACGAGGGAUGUCGCGAGACUUUCGGAAAGCGUAAAAAUACUCGAGCCGCAGGCGAGUGUAUUUUUACGCUUUCCGAAAGUCGAGCAACAUCCCAAGUGCAUGGAUCACGCUAUCCUGCUUGGAAAACGAUUUGGUAAUUGUUUCAUAAAAUAACUGCAGUGAAACAAUGACACUUUGAAAAUCCCGCGAGAGCAUUUUAAUUCCUCGUGCAGGAUAGCCUGAUCCUAUUUGGCUAUUGACCAAUCAAAUUGCGUGUUUCACUGUGGUUAUUAUAUAAUGCGUAAUCUUACAUUUUUGCCUUGCCAGAUGACUAUCUGUUAGUUUGAUAAAGAAUCCAGUGUUGUUUGAUUGGGUAUUUGGUAAUUAUUAAUGAUUUCACGAAAUGUUUUAAAAUAGAUUUAUUUCAGAAGUAUUGCACAAAAAUACAAUAAGUGGUUAUAUACAUAAGGUCACACUGUUUUAGUUGUUGGAUUACAGAUUUUGCACACCAAUAUUAGAGUGGGAAGAAAAGUUUCACAGUCACAUUGCGUGGCCAUGCAUGACAACUGCAUGUUGAGGGUUUAUGCACACUGUUUUUAUCCUGCACACUGUUUUUUUGGGCAACACACAAAAACUUAUGGAUGGUGUCUUCAUUGUUGUUUGGUUUUUAAAAAUACAAGGAAACCUGUAAUCCAACAAAACACAUUAUGGCCUAAAGAGUACAUGACAAGAACACAGACGUUCUAACAGAAGUUCAAUCAAAUACAGUCAAUGCAUUUCAGUAUCAUACGCAAUAUUUUGUUUUUCACGUGUGAUUGUUUGUUGAAAUUUUCCAGGAGCUAUUGGAUAUUGCUUUGCAUGGUUCAAUGCCAGUCUAGAGAAGACAAAAUAAAACAGUUUUUUACCAAGUCUGUUGACCAUUCACUCUACACAGGGCUUCCACAUAGUAUGGUAUGAAAUAGUAUGGUAUUAGAUAAAAUCCUGAAAUGACAGAGAGAUAAUGCAGCAUUAUCAUACCUUUUGUCAGCAACCUGUCGACAUGCAUGUAUAUGUUCAUGGAUCUUGCGUUUAUUUUCAAUCGGAUCUUCCAUCAAAUACUUUAUCAUCAAUCUUGUUACAUAUGGCUAAAA